UUUUACUCUUCCCAAUAAGACAUCCGUGUAAUUUUAUUUAAAAAUGGUAUAGUAUUAAAUAAAUCCAUUUGGAGGGCUAAGGUAACGUGCUGAAUUGAUUAUACAAUGUUUACUAAACCAAAUAAAGUUCAAUUUCAAGAUCAACAGUUGGACGAUUAUGUCUUGGAGAAUUCAGUUCUCAAAAGUAAAUUGCAAAGUAAAAUUGAUGCUCUGUCCAUUAUGAACAAAGAACUAGACAAAUGCUGUAUGGAAAGAGACAGAUAUAAAAUAUUAGUUGAGCAAUUGAAAUGCAGAAAAAUUGUGCAAGAACAUACAAACAAUUGGGAUAGAUUUGCACCAACCAAUACAAUAAGUGGGAGUGAAAUAUUAGCAAGGACAAAAGAGCACAACAACAUGCUAAAAUUAGAGGUGGAGACCUUACGGAGCAAAUUAGAAGAGGCAAAUGGCGACAUUUUAGCAUUGAGGAAGCAACUACAGAGAGGGCAGAACUAUGAGGAAUUGAAUGGAAAUAAAAGAUGUCAAACAUCAAGAAAUGAUUAUGAACAACUUGUCCAGGAAUUAGAGAAAGUUAAGAAAAAGUACCAACAAAUUCAACUGGAUUACAGAGCUACAUUAGAUGACAAAGAAGAGUUGGUGUCAGACCGUGACUACUACAAGAACAAGGUCCAACGUUUGAAUCAUCAAAUUAGCUUUAUCCUCACCAAUAGAACAAAGUCGCAAACAGAGAACGAUUCCCCAAAGCCUAUAGUGGAUAUUGACGCAGUCUUAAAUGAAAACAAAUAUCUGCAUGAGAGAAUAACACAGCUUGAAGUUGAAAAGGAAAUUGUGAAAAGAACACUGACAAAAUACAAGCUGUUGUUGGAUAAUAGAAGCAAAAAUGAGACAUGGAACUUAAAAAAAGGAUUUACAGAUGUUAUGACACAAAAACAAGUACGUGAAUAUUUGGACAUCAACUCAAAAACAGGCUUGAAAAGGAACUCUGCUUCUGAAUUGAAAUCUUUGUGUUUGGGACUAUUUGAGGCUUUGAAUGACAAAUCAAUAGCGCUCCAACACCAAAGGAAAACAAACCAAAUUCUGGCUAGCAGAAUAACGGAACUGGAGAAAACACUAGAGAGUUGGUGUAAUGGUGAGAAAUGCAUACCGUCUUUUCCCUCUCAAAUAUUGAUAGAAGAACUCCUCGACGCUGGUUCCGUCAAAUCGGUUGCAUCAAAAGGAAAACCGCAGAAGGAACCUCUGGAGAAUUUGACGAACAAAACAACUGAUAGCGAGGAAGAAUUAACACAAAGCAAAGACGAUUUAUCUGAGGAAUUAAACUACGAAGAUGGCAGUGGUUAUGAUAGAAGUCUGAAGAAAAUUGUCCUUCCCCAAGAGCUAGAACAAUUGGUUAAGGAAGCCCUCGCUGAAAUAAAGUCUGUCCAAUAGUUAAAACUACAAUGCUAAUAAUAAUCAUGUUUGGGGCCUGUGCAGAUGAAGGAUAUUUUUAGGAGAACAAACAUCUGCAUAUUUAGAUGUUUAGACAAAUUAAUUUGCUAAGUAUUUACUAUUUUUAAUUUAUAAUACCUAUACCAAAGAGUUAAUCAUAUCUGAUCUGAAAAGCAAAUCUGAUCUAGUCUAUAGUCUUAGUAUUUUGUUAUUAUUAAAGUAAAAAUGCAUUUAAAAUACAUUAUAAUGUUAUUUAAUCAAUUGAUAAAAUAAAAAACUUAUACAUUCAGUCUUUUAUUUACUAUAAAAAAUAUAAUAUUUGUUAAAUAAUAAUAAAUAAAUAGGUACCCCAUCUUCAAAUUACAUUACAUACACUAUGGCCUGGAAUACACUUGCUCUUAAAAAACCAUAACUUGUUUGCUACCUACUAGGUAGUAUGCUAUUUUCUAGGUAGCAUACUUAUUUAUUUAUAUGCAUACUCUUCGUAUACACGUGCUUAUUGUAUGCUAUUAAGUAGCAUCUGCUGAAAAGUAGCAUGGUUUUGUGCUACUACGUAAGCAUGUGUAUUCCAGGCAUAUGACUUAGGGCCGAUAUUUCAAUCGCCAAAUAGUUUUUUUAUUGAGUGAAUCUCAGUAAAGUUAAAUGAGUAUUGAAAAAUCAGCCCUCAAGUGCUUUUAAUUUAUAUCAACACUAAUAUAUUCUAAUUCUAUUUUAUAGAUUUAUUAUACACUGAUUUACUAUUACUUGGAAUAUAGAAUAGUUCUAUUCAUAGCAAAUAUUACAAUAGGAAGAUAGACCUGCACACCUGUCUCACUUUUUUUUAUUUAUUUCUCCUUUCUCACUAUUCAAAAAGCUCUAUAAAUAGGUAAUGCCAAAUUAUAGAUAGAUAGAUAGAACACUUUAUUGCACACAAAAACACAUGUAAAGGAACACAAACACAGAAAGAAAACAGAAAAAACAAUUGUGUGCAAAGUCGGCCUUAUUGCUUGGAGCAAUCUCUACCAGGCAACCUUACUUAUAAUACUUGAAUAGAUAUUUUCAUAAACUGGGUCUUAAUCAUUUGAUAUGAUAUUUAUUGCAUCUAAAUAAUAUUUCUAAUAUUUACAUGAAACAUAAACUUACAAUUCUAUGGCUGUUUGGAUUUUACUCAAAAAAUAUGAGUGCACAACAGAGCCUCAGCCAAGUCGAAUCAAACAAACACGGGUAUGAUGGCAUGGUCGUAUCAUCCAAUUUUCGAAGUAACUCACGGCACUUAUCUCUCUGUGUUCUUGGGGUAGUUAAGGUAGAAAUUUGAAAUUCCAGUUUUUCAAAAGUACAAUAAACCUACCUCUACCCCUAAAUUACAAGCUUUUAGCUAGAAAGGUUGAAUUGCGCGGCUUGGCACACAUUUUCUUACAUCUUAAUGUUUUCAAUGGGAUUCCAUAUUCAUUU